AUGUCUGAAGAACAAUUUACAGGAUCAUCAGAUACAAAAAAGAAUAAUGUCGUUGUUAAGGUUGGUAUGGUAGGAGAUUCACAAAUCGGUAAGACAUCAUUGAUGGUAAAAUAUGUUGAAGGUACAUUUGAUGAAGAUUAUAUUCAAACAUUGGGUGUUAAUUUUAUGGAGAAAACAAUUUCAAUUCGUGGUACAGAGAUCACAUUCUCAAUUUGGGAUUUGGGUGGCCAAAGAGAGUUUGUAAACAUGUUACCAUUGGUUUGUAAUGACGCCGUUGCCAUUUUGUUUAUGUUUGAUUUAUCUAGAAAGUCCACUUUAAACUCUGUCAAAGAAUGGUAUAGACAAGCAAGAGGUUUCAAUAAAACUGCCAUUCCAUUCCUCAUUGGUACCAAGUUCGAUGUCUUUGCCACUAAACCAAUCGAAGAACAAGAGGAAAUUACCAAACAAGCUCGUAAAUUCGCUUCUGCCAUGAAAUCACCUCUCAUCUUUUGUUCAACUUCUCACUCUAUCAAUGUUCAAAAAAUUUUUAAAAUUGUAAUCAGUAAAGCCUUUGAUUUAAAUUGUACUAUACCAAAAGUUGUAGGUGUCGGUGAACCACUUUUAGAAUAUUAA